UCUUAGUAUUGCUGAGACUAUGCUGUGUGAACUGAGACAAAUGAAGCAGCAGCCCCAGUCAAAACAACAUUGCCUCAGAGUAUUUUGUGACACAGACGUCCCAUCAGUACUUCACUUCUACUUCCCACAAGAAUAUUCAUGCGCUCCAAAUUUCUUAACUGCUAGACAAACACCUGAACAGGGCCAAAGCAACCCUCUGGUAUAUCAAAACUUCCAAGACUUCAAAUGUCAUUAAAAGACAGACCUCAACCUGACAGUUUGGUGGAAGUGACGGAUAUCAGUUUCUCAUUUCACUUUGUAAUUUUUCAUUGAUUAUACCCGGUACUAUUACAAAGUAUGAGUAUCCACAACAUAGAGAUCAGUGCUCUCUAUUUCCAUACUUGCUUCCUUAUUUGCUUAAAAUUUCACGAAAUUCAAUGACACAAGUUCAGUUUGUUGCAGAUGACUUAGUAUAUAAAGCGAAAACAUCUGCAAUCUAAAGGCACAAUGCCGUUCAACCACCUUUACUGUUCAAAAACAGAAAAAAGGGGAUAGCUCUGUGGCUCUCUUUAGAUGAAAAGUCAAGCACUGUCCAAAAAAGCCCCUUUCUCCCUGAAAACGCACGUUUCUGUAAAAAGCUUGUCAGUCCUUACGAAACAUGGUGACGUUACAAACUUCUGGUAAGUCUGUCACUCUUAAGAUCGACGUAACAUUGCUUUAUUAAGCGAUCGAGAAGCCUGAACUGCCUGAGACUAUUUCAAAGGGCGACUGCCGAUCUGCGCUGGGAGUCUUUGGCGCCACAAGUGCCCGCGAUGCCUGGGAUGCGCGGGAGCAGCCGGAAGGGCCAACGCGGAACUGCCCGCCGCCAGACCUAAACUUUCCCGGCUGCGGCGCUGCCGCGGUGAGGACUCAACUGCCGCGCCGCCCCCGGGAAGACGCAGAGGGACUUUUGGGAAGGAGGACGGCCCCGGGCACCCAGCCCCAGACCCGCGCUCAAAGUUCGCCCCAGGGCGCGGGAGGCCGCCCACCGCCGCCCGGCUCCCCCAGCGGGCAUGAGAUGGCGUUGCCAGAUUCGGUCACUACUUGCCUUUCUCAACCUGUGCGUUAUGCGAUUUGCAAACUUGGAUUUGAGAAGGAAGACACCUAUGAUAUUAAUAAUAUUUUAUCUGGAAAUGGGGAAGUAUGUUGGCAAGCUGUUACAGAGCAUGUGUGUUAUCUUGAAUCAGAUCAAAGCGUGGAUUAUAUCAAAAGCAUACGAUCAUUAGGACCUGUCUGUGAAUCUGUUAAUUCGUACUUCAAAUCUCUGACCAAGGAGCAGUUUGUAAUUCAGUAUGUGUCGUGUUUCCACUGGACAAACUGCACAGAGGUAUUUCUGGACGUGUUUGAUGUUUUACAAUCUACACAAGCUACAGAAGUUGCUCUUGGCUUAAUGAAACUAACAUCAUGCUUGGAGCGAGCCUUGGGUGACGUGUAUUUACUUAAGGGUAACGAUUGUCCUUUCCUUCUAAGAGACUUGCUUGCAUCUGAGCAGCUUGCAGAUGUCUUUGGACAAGCUGUAAUGAAUGUACUGAGGGUAUUCAUUGGAUCUCCACAUGGUCUGAACCUUCGUAAUGUUUUGUGGCAUGGGUUUGUGUCACCACAAGAAAUUCCUGCCAAAUACUGUGCUAUGCUGCUCUUUUUAACUGCAGGAUUGGGUCAAUUGUUACAGGCCUAUCUUCUGCAAACCAAAAGUGUUUUAGUACAUCGAUCUUAUGUGAUCUUCAUUAGCUUAGAGGAGCUUGAUGCAUUUCCAGAUCUUAAUAAUGAAAUCCUUUCCAUAGCUGAAGAACUAGUAAAACUGUCCCGUUUUGUAUUAAAAAUUAUGUUACCAUUUUGGGUUGCUGCUUUAACAGCUUUCAAGCAAAGCAGGUAUGCUGACAGUGUGAUUCUCUUACUUCCUCAGCUGGAAGCUGGACUUAGAUUGCUCUUCACUACAACUAAUAAAUGUCCAAAUAGAUUGCUCACAGCAGAGUCUUCUGCUCUCUACACCACUUUCGAUGAGAUGCUAGCAAAGCAUUUGGAUAAUGAAGAAGUCAACCAGCUACCUGUAGUUCUUGAGGAGCCUGCCAUGGACUUCCUUUGGGAUUUCUUGAACCACCAGGAGGGCCCACGUAUAAGAGAUCGUUUAAGCCAUGGAGAGAUCAAUCUAGAAACAUUUCCCAGAGAAAUAGCUAACCAAAUAGUUGGAUUUGCUAUUACUAUUCUCUGCAGAUUCUCAGAUAAGAAUAUGUUUUCUCUUAAGGAACACAUGGUCAUAAAACCACUGAUGAGCUGUGCAAGUUGCUACCAGUCUCGAUUUCAUCCAAUUUCCCGACUCAAGAAACAGGUGCUGGAAUGUAUGAAGAGCAUCUGUUUAUGGCCUGAAUUGGAAACAGUGCCUGAGGAACAAGUACAAAAGAUUAAAGGGUUAGAAGGAAACGCUGAAGCUAAUACUUUAAUUUUGUUGAUAUCUGAAAUUAUAUCUCAGUUGCAGCAUUAUAUGCCCCAGAAUUGCUGUAGUUCAGAUGAUCCUAUCAAUGGUGUCCUAACAGAGAGGCUGCUGGUGGAACUUUGUGAUACACGCAUUUGCACGCUGUAUUCCCCACGACCUGUCCUGGAAGUAGUGGUGGUACUCCGCAAAAUAAGCACGCAGUGCCAUCAAGUGUCCCAACAGGUUAUUGCCGGCGCUGGGCUGAGAUACACGCAGUGGCUUAACAAGACUCUGCGUUCUCGCCAGAGGCACAACUAUCGGCGAAUGCUGAACAGCAUUAAAUUUUUGUCUCCAGUGUUGCGACUCAUCUUACUAUUGAUUACGCUGGAGCUAGUCAGCGUUCAUUCAGUUUGUAAGAAGAAUCCUUUUGAUUAUCAGCAGUAUCUAAAGUUUUUGAAGUCAGUAUUGCAGUACACUGAGAACUUGGUGACAUACACAAGCCCUGACAAAAACAAGUGGGAUGAAACCGUGGAACUUACAAAGAAGACUUUGAUAAAAAUAAGGAAAAUCAGUGACAGAAAGCUAAUGUUAAUGCAUCUAGCUACAUGAAUGAAAUGGGCUUACAGUUGUCUGGACAUUGUUAUAUCUAAACAGUUACAGAGACCUCAUAUUUAAUAAUCUAAUUCAAAGACAAAUUUCAUAAGUUAUUUUCAAAUUUUGGAUGCAAAAUUUACACUUUUUAUCAGAAGGUAGCUGCUGAUACUGGAGAUUAAUGAUCAAGGCUCCAGAAAAUGGGUUGUUUGUCAAAUCCACUGAAAAAGAUUUACUGUGAACUAAAUCAGGACAAUACAAGUUCUACUGUAAAUAUAUCUUGUGUUUUGUACAUUGAUUUUUUAAAUUAUUUUUUGUAUUUUUUUUCUUACUGUACUGAAAAAUACCUAAGAAAAAAGUGUGAAUAA